AUGUAUGAUGGAUAUAAAAACACAGACAAAAGAAAUGAUGGCAAUACAGAUCGAGCCAAGAAUUUAACAUUGCCAUUUCCUAUAGGUGAUUUGGAGGGUCAUAAAGAACAAACAGAUCAGCCCAGGAUAUUGCUUGGUGAAAAUCCUAAUUUUUCCAAUGAAUAUACAUUACAGAAUAAAGCUAUUACCAUACUGGAUGACAUAGAAAGCAAUAACUGGUUGCAAAAAUCCAUAGAGGAAGAGAAGAGACAGGACACAGCAGAACAUAAGCUAAUUACUUAUUUUAAAAAUGAAAUAAGUCUUGAUCACUCACCAGAUGAGUCCAAAUUGAGAUCCAACAGUGUUCAAGAUAGUUCAAGUGUAGAAAAAGCAAAUGACAUCAAUUUGAGGACACCAGAAGGACCAGGUUUUUCUACUGAUAUUCCUAAAGCAGAUACUACAAGCAUGCUAAUUACCAACUGUGAAGCAGUUUUGCAAGCCAGCAUAGACAUUCAAAGGCCUGAUGUAAAAAGGCAUUCAGAAACCCUUCAAGGGAUGGAAAAAACUGUGUGUAGAGAUGUGCAAAUGGCUUCUUUAAAUCAAGCCAAAGAAGAACCUGAAAGUUUUCAAGAUAUCCAGGAAAUAAUAUCAACUACUUCAGAUUCUGAAUUGGAGCAAAGCUUUCCUUGUUUGCUUGAAAACAUGGCAAUGGAGGAAUUACCCCCAGAAAGAGAACAUCAUAGAGACAGCAUUGUUGCAAAGCCACUGGCCUUUUGUGUGGCUGAGCCGUCUACUCUUAACAGCUUUCCGGAUAGUGGUGGUGAGGAGAUAGGCAACGCAACCCGCAACCAGGCGGCGGCUGAUUUCCUCCGGAGUUCAGACUCUGAAGAAGCAUUUGAAACACCAGAAUCCACAACUCCUGUAAAGGCUGCACCUUCGCUACCACAACUACCGCCUGAAAUUGUAGCAUUCGACAUAGAGGAACAAGAAAUAGCACCUCAGCUUCCAUCAGAAAUCCCAGAUUCCGGUCCCAGAACACCUGACAAAGGCCAAGAAAGCUCCGAGCCUCCAAGUUUUUCUUCUGAAACAGUAACAGUAGCUGAUGUCCCUGAAUGUGAACCAGUUGAAGAAACUCCAUUGCCCCCUCCAUCCCACUCAUUUUCUACAGUUUUUGAUGAAGACAAGCCAAUUGCUAGCAGUGGAACUUACAACCUAGACUUUGAUAGCAUUGAAGUUGUAGAUUCCUUACAAGCUGUGGAACCAAUCUCCCUGGACACAAAGAGUCGGGAUUCUAAGUCACAUGUUAGAAGAAAAUCCACAGAUUCUGUUCCAGUUUCUCGAUCUACACUAUCUCGUUCCCUUAGCUUGCAAGCUGGAGAAUUUGAUGGAGCCUCUUUUCCUGGGAGUAACGAGACAGCAGGUUCUGCAACAGAUACUUUUAGUACUGGUUCAAGCAGUGCUUCUAGUACUCUUAAGCGCACAAAAAAACCUAGGCCAGCUUCCUUAAAGAAAAAGCAAGUAGCAAAAAAGUCCUUAGAUGUUUCUCCAGUAGAAGAACCAGGAAUAUUAGACUUCAAGCAAGAUUCUUCUGCCUUAAGUGAUGAAAAAGUUUCCAAAGAAACUUUGGAGCCUACUGAACCCGACUGUACCAACCAACAGCACCAAAGCACUGUCAAUAAAGACGAGGCCACUCCUGAACUAGAGACAUUGAGUCCAUUUGACAACAACUCAGAAGAAAUUCCUGUAUCAGGAGAUAGCAAAGUACAAAACUCUCCGCUUGCCAACAAGAAAACUGUAUCUCUUACCACAACACCAGAAGCUGUGGAGGUGACACCAUCAGACACUGGGGGACAAGAAGAUCCCUCAGUGAAAGGCUUAGCAGUCAGAUUGGAAUUUGAUUACUCUGAGGAAAAAGGCAGUGGUGAGGAACAGACAGAGAGUCCUCUUCUGCCCAAAAAAGUGGGCAAAAAACCUGGGGCCAAAAUGCCCCUCAGAAGGCCAAAGACUAAAAAAAUUGGAGAGAAACUUGACAAUACUCCCACAAGCCCAACCAAGACUCCUUCUGAACCCAGUGAGAUUCCUGCCUCCAAGGGCUCAUAUACUUUUGAUAUUGACAAAUGGGAUGACCCCAACUUCAAUCCUUUCUCUUCCACUUGCAAAAUGCAAGACUCUCCAAAACUUCCUCAGCAAACCACCACAACGUACAAUUUUGAUCCAGAAAUGUCUGAGGAUUCUCUCAAUCCAGUCAAGCCUUCCGCAAAAGUUGCCAAUUCUCCCACACAACCUCCAGCAUCCUUUGAGAUUUCAGCUAAUGUCAGCGAAAUUAAUGGACCGGAAGGAGAUGGCCUAAAUAAACCUGCAAAAAAGAAGAAGACGCCACUCAAGACUGAUACUUUUAGGGUGAAAAAGUCACCAAAAAGAUCUCCACUAUCUGAUGCACCUUCACAGGAAUCUAUGGCACUGCCUACUACUGAAACGCCCUCUGUUGUAUCCACUGUGGUACAUGCAACAGAUGAAGAAAAACUGGCAUCUUCUGUGGGUAAUCAGAAAUGGACUUGUAUGACCGUGGAUCUUGAUAAGCAGGAUUAUCCUCAGCCAUCAGAUCUCUCAACAUUUGUAAAUGAAACAAAGUUCAGCUCCCCUACAGAAGAGCUGGAAUAUGGCAACACAUAUGAAAUAGAAUACAUGGAAAAAAUCGGUUCUUCCAUAGCUGAUGAUGAUGGCCAAACAAAGCAAUCUUUGUACCUUAUGUUCAAUGCUCAGCAAGAGAGUCCAAUCAAGUCUCCUCCAGCCCGUUUAUCAGAUUCUACAACUCCUUGUUCUGGGUCAAGUCUGGAAGAAACAGAAAGCCAGCUUCCCUGUAAUAUAAAACUACAGCACCCAGCUUCACGAUCCCUGGUAGCUAACCAAGAAUCAUCAGUACAGUCCUCUGAUAAAACAAAAGAACUGGAAUCUGUGUCUAUAGGAAGUGCUUCAGACAACAUAAUCAGUCCUGAAGAUACCUAUGUUUCCGCUGAUGCUCUCCUUAGUAGGAUAUCUCAUCCGUCUUCAGUAUGUGAUCAGCUUCAGUAUCUGGAGCCUGACUUAGCGGAAAAGAAUCCCCCGGUAUUUGCUCAGAAACUUCAGGAGGAAUUAGAAUUUGCUGCAAUGAGGAUAGAAGCCCUGAAGCUAGCCAAACAAAUUACCUUGUCUUCUUUCAACUCCUUAGAUACUGAGAGAGACCCUGCAGGUGAUGCUUCGAUCUCUAAAAGUGCAUUGUACUCCCGGAUAAGCAGCUCAGAGGGGGAAAAUGUCUCCAGUUUUCUUUAUAAACAGCAAGACCUGGAUACCGCCUUAAGAGUUACCAGGGAAGAGAUAAUUACAAAGGAAAGGAUGAUUUCAGAAUGGAAAGAGAAAUAUGAAGAAAGUAGAAGGGAAGUUAUGGAAAUGAGGAAAAUUGUUUCAGAGUAUGAGAAGACAAUUGCUCAAAUGAUAGAGGAUGAGCAGAGAGAAAAAUCCAUGUCCCAUCACACCGUCCAGCAACUUAUUAUAGAAAAAGAGCAAGCAUUAGCUGAUCUGAACUCUGUGGAAAAAUCUCUGGCAGAUCUUUUCAGAAGAUAUGAAAAAAUGAAAGAAGUUCUUGAAGGAUUUAGGAAGAAUGAAGAAGUAUUAAAGAAAUGCGCACAAGAAUAUUUAUCACGAGUUAAAAAAGAAGAGCAGAGAUAUCAAGCCCUCAAGGUUCAUGCAGAGGAAAAACUGGACAGAGCCAAUGCUGAAAUUGCACAAGUUCGGGGAAAGGCUCAGCAAGAACAAGCAGCUUACCAAGCCAGCCUUCGUAAAGAGCAGUUAAAAGUGGAUGCGUUGGAAAGAACACUGGAACAAAAGAAUAAAGAAAUAGAAGAGUUGACGAAGAUUUGUGAUGAACUGAUUGCCAAAAUGGGGAAAAGCUAACUUUAAACCAAAACCCUAAAUUACAAUCUUGAGUGCAAUAUGACCAUUGGCACAGUGAUAUCCAGACAGCGAUGUGAACGGAUUCUAUUUUCACUUUUUGUAUGCACUACUGUAUUUUUUCUUAAUAAUGUUGAUUUGAUUGUAUGCAGUACAAAGACUAUCAGAAAUCCUUGCUAUUGUCUGCAAUUCUUUCCUUUGUAUAAUUCAUAGCAAGUUGAUCUCAAAAGUUCCUGUAUCAGGGAGAUUUGUCAAGUUCUUUAAUAAAUUACAGUUGCUCAUCCUCGCCUUCCCUUUGUACAUGAGUUCCCAUGUUGGAUGUCUUUUUUGGAUUUAAUAUAAAUGUGUAUUACAUGCAUGGGGACUCUUGCCUUAAGGAGUGUAAAUUUGAUCUGCAUUUUCUGAUUUGUAAAAUAAAAUGGAAACUUGAAAAAUUAAA